UUCUGUUUUGUGGUGGUAAUGUAAAGACUGGGGGUGUUUUAUGAAUCUUUAUUCAAAAUACAGUUGUGAGUUUCAUGGAAAAGUUGAGGAAGGAAGCACCACCAGUAGCUGUUCUGGAUUCUUGAUGACAGAGUGAGCGAAGAGAAAAAAAAAAAAGGCACUCCUGAUUUGCCUCCUGACUUUGAGAGAGCAGACUUGUUUUACUUGAGGGGACAAAGCUGCAGCCCUGAAACAUGGGAAUGCUGAUUAGAGCAGCCGUGCUUGUAAGCCUGCUUCUGUUCUGCAACGCUCUCCUGGACCUGACAGGCCCCAGCGAGAUGGAAGGUGUAUGGAAGGGGUCUGCUGUCCUGCCAUGCACCUAUGUGCCUGGGGAGAACUUUGUGCAGCACGCCCUUACGUGGUCUGUGGUGCAUGACCAGAGUUCUGGUACUGUCUUCCGGAGGGAUGCCUCUGGGGAUCAUGUUCUCCUGUCUGAGUACAGAGACAGGGUUGAAGUCCCAAAGAACCUGCCAGGGAACGUGUCUCUCCACAUCUUGAAACUGGAAAUCUCUGACAGGGGAACCUACACUUGCCAUGUCACCUGGACAGCCAGCAACAACAGUCAGAUAGCAAAAGAGAUCAGCACUAAAGUUGAGGUUGUCAAAGUGCCAGCGACCAAGCCUACCAUCAGGGCUGGCGCGCUGGGGCUGACGGUGCCAGCGGGAGCCAGGACCAGCCUGACCUGCGUGGCCCACGGGUCCCCACCCAUCAGCUACCGCUGGUUCCGGGCAGUGCCAGGGGGGACAGCCCUGCCGCUGAGCAGCCAGGCCGAGCUGACGUGGGACAGCCUGCGGCCUUCCGACGCGGGGACAUACUACUGCGAGGCAGAGAACAGAGUCGGGGCAGGGGCGGUGCAGCGGAGCGAUGCCGUUGAGCUGGUGGUGAGAGGGUCCCCAGUCACACAGCCACCCACGCCUGGGACCAGCCGGCACACAGGACCCCCACUCACCUCGGAAGGCAGCGAGGCUCCCCGCGUGCUGGGAGAUCUGCCCACAGCAACGCUAUCCGCCAGGAACGAUGUCAUUUCAGAGAGGCCUCCCGCUGCCACAGAUUCGCCUUCUCAGAGUGAUGUGGGAACCUUGGAGACGGACAGCCCAACCACAGAUUUGACCAUAACAGUAGUGAAUUCUGAGAAAGGUGUGGGUUAUACAGAAAAGAAUUAUACAACUCAGAGUCUCCAGAAGACUCGCCUGUCUCUGUACAUGGUCAUCCUGAUUGCUGUGUUGUGUGGUGCUGUGGUUUUCCUCUUCAUUUUCAUUAUUGUUUGUAUUAGAAAGCCCAAAGAAGCUCAAGUCUAUGAAGUAGAACACUGUAACUCAAUGAAAGCAGAGGCUUCUUCAAGGUAUGACAGUAUGGCUCAUUAUGAGGAACCAAUCUCCUCCACUGAAAACAACUAUGUGAUGAAACCCAUGAAAAAUGAAAGAAAUAAAAAAGAAAAUGAAUACAAGAAUGUUGGAAACACCCAAGAAUCUGAAUAUGAAGUAGGGGAUUCUAAAUGA